ACACUAAAAACCUAGAAAUUCAUUCUUUCUACAUUUUGAAAUUUGAUUUCUUUUUUAUCAACACAGAAAUAUUAUCAAUCAAUCUUUCUUUCUGUAAACAAGAGAAAUGUUGGUUUUAAAAUGGAGUAGAGGGAUUUCGACCACUACUAAUCUCUUUCAGAGAAUUAAGCAAACAGAUAAGGAAAUUGUUAAAAUGUUUGAAAAUGAUCAUCAUGACAACACAAACUUGCUGAAACAACAACAACCAUGGAGGAGGAGGACCGACGACAUUCGUGAAUUGGAUGAGAGAUUCAUGAGGAUAUUGAAGAUUUUUAAGUGGGGUCCAGAUGCUGAAAAGGCAUUGGAAGUUCUCCUGUUAAGGGUUGAUCAUAGAUUAGUCCGCGGAGUAAUGAAAUUAGAUGUUGAAGUUAGUGUGAAGUUGCAAUUCUUUAGAUGGGCAGGAAAACGUAAGAAUUUUAAACAUGAUACGACAACGUAUAUGGCAUUAAUUCAGUGCUUAGAUGAAUCUGGGUUUGUUGGGGAAAUGUGGAAAACGAUACAAGAGUUGGUUAGGAGUGAUUGCCCUGUUGGCCCUUCUGAAUUAUCUCUUAUUAUUAGGAUAUUGGGAAGAGCAAAGAUGGUUGAUAAAGCACUUUCAAUCUUUUACCUGAUUAAGAAUCGGAAAUGUAAACCAACUUCAAACACUUAUAACACCAUGAUCAGCAUGUUGGUGCAACAAGGUCAUCUCGAAAAGGUUCAUGAGCUUUACAAUGAGAUGUGUAAUGAGGGUAAUUGUUUUCCCGAUACUGUGACAUACAGUGCGCUUAUAUAUGUGUUUGGGAAACUAGGCCGGGAUGCUUCUGCAAUUAGGUUGUUCAAUGAAAUGAAGGAGAAUCGGAUGCAACCCUCUGCGAAAAUUUAUACUACUUUAUUGGCUUUAUAUUUCAAGCUCGGACAGGUGGAGAAAGCUUUGGUUUUGUUUAAUGAGAUGAAAGAUAGUAAUUGCAUUCCAACUGUUUUCACAUAUACGGAACUGAUAAAGGGUCUCGGCAAAGCUGGAAGGUUUGACGAGGCUUAUGGUGUAUUUCUUAGUAUGUACACAGACGGUUGCAAGCCUGACGUGGUGCUUAUGAAUAACUUAAUCAAUAUCAUGGGCAGAGCGGGGCGAUUAUGUGAUGCUAUUAAGUUGUUUGAGAGCAUGGGAUCUAUGCAGUGUGUGCCAAAUGUGGUGACAUAUAAUACUAUAAUCAAAGCUCUGUUUGAAUCUAAAGCUCCAACUUCGGAGCCAAUUUCUUGGCUUGAGAAGAUGAAGGUAAAUGGAAUUGUCCCAAGUGCAUUCACUUAUUCUAUACUUAUUGACGGCUUUUGCAAGUCAAAUAGAGUGGAGAAGGCUUUGAUACUGCUUGAGGAGAUGGAUGAGAAGGGUUUCCCUCCUUGUCCUUCUGCGUACUGCAGUCUCAUUGAUGCUUUAGGGAAAGCAAAGAGAUAUGAAGCUGCAAACGAAUUAUUCCAGGAAUUAAAAGAGAACUGCGGGUCUUCGAGUGCUAGAGUUUACGCUGUAAUGAUUAGACACUUUGGAAAAUGUGGGAAACUUAGCGAGGCUGUAGAUCUUUUUAACGAGAUGAAAAAAUUAAGAUGCAAUCCAGAUGUUUAUGCUUACAAUGCCCUCAUGGGCGGGAUGAUUAGAGCAGGAAUGAUUGAUGAAGCUAAUUCUGUGCUUCGAAAGAUGGAGGAACAAGGUUGUGCUGCAGAUUUAAACUCCCAUAAUAUUAUUUUGAAUGGGAUGGCAAGGUCGGCUGGUCCAGCUCGAGCAAUGGAGAUGCUUGGGGCGAUGAAGACCUCUACAAUCAAACCCGAUGCUGUGUCAUAUAAUACAGUUCUUGGCUGUCUCAGCCGUGCAGGGAUGUUUGAAGAAGCUGCAAAGUUGAUGAAAGAGAUGAGGUUAAAAGGUUUUGAGUAUGAUCUUAUUACAUACUCCUCCAUACUCCAGGCUGUCGGGAAAGUUGAUGAAGUACAUAUACAUGCAGAUAUUUGAUGGCAACAUGAUCUUAUUAAAUUUUUAUGGCAGCUCCACACUAAUUUGUCUUUUGGGGACUUUGAAGCGAUAAGUUACCAGCAGGGGGUCAAUGGAUUCUACAGAUGUUUCAUGUGGGAUGUUUCAAUAUCGCACCAUGAAUUGCUAUUGUGUUUGGUCUACUGCUUAUUCAAGAACUCGAUUCUUUUACAAUCAAAAUGAGCUUGAUGAAGUUGAAGUUGUAAAAUUGGCAUGAGUCGAUUUAGAAAUUUGGCAUAUGUUGGUUUAAAAGAUUUGUUUUCGACUUCGUUUUGGUAAUAACUUCAUCAAUGGAUAAAUGAAGUUGCGAAUGGGUUUUUAUGUAUUGAAGUUUAUGAGCCACAAUAAUUACAAGGAGUGAGCCUCUCCGUAUGUAUGCGAAUGAAGUGAGACAUGAGUGGAUUCGAGCAGUAGAGGUGCUCUUAUAGAUAAUUUGGGUACGGAGAAUGCUGAAUUCAAGGUGUCAGGCAGAGUAGUUAUCGGGUAGUGACAAGCAUUUGAUUAAGUAACUGAGAUGUUGUCCAAAAACCUUUGGAUCUUUAUGAUAAUUGUACCAAGAAUUUUGAAAAAGAAGGUUUUUUGAGAGAAGAACAGUAGGUUAAACUUAAAGAGGGGUUUUAAAAAUUUACUCAAGACUUCGCACACCUGGAUUCUACAUUAGAUUUCACCAUAGUCUUGGUUCUAAAGCUGAAGUGUCCUUCAGUGAUAUCCAUCGGCUCCAGAUUCCCUAGAAGAGGAGUUUUGUUAAACAAGCUCAGGAAUUUCGUCAACAUUUCCGUGACGGUAUCCGGGGACUGGAAGAACUUCACUAAAAUGGUUAGCAAUCUCAGCAGCGGUUGCCUGUAUAUGGGAUGCUUUAAAAAUGGUGCAUACAUUUGGAUCUCUUAUGUCACCGAUGGUUUACGGAUUUUGCUAUAAUUUGUCCUGUCAAAUCUACUUUAAGGGGGAAUUGAUAAAAUAAUCAAGAAGUCACUCUUGUGUU